UUGAUUUCGUCAGUAUACAAUCUAAGACUGUAGCGCUUGUCUAUAAAUACUACUAAUAAUGCCUUUCUUUACUUCUCAUCUUUCCCAGUUAAUUGUACUUUGAAUCCUUAAAAGGCAAAACAUGGGGUUUUCACUUUGCUUCUCCCAAUCUCUCUCUUUCUUUCUGCUUCUCUUCCAUUUCCAUUCAACAAUUUCAUCUCCACUGCCCUCAAAUUACUCUUCUUCUUCUCAUUUGUGUGCUCAUCACCAAUCUCUUUCUCUCCUUCAAUUCAAACAAUCCUUCGCCAUUAAUAGUUCUGCUUCAUUGGAGUACUAUUGUCAAUAUCCUUUUCCAAAAACAGAGUCAUGGAAAGAGGGCACAGACUGCUGCUUGUGGGAUGGAGUCACUUGUGACCUGAAAACUGGGCAUGUCACUGGACUGGACCUCUCCUGCAGCAUGCUUUACGGCACCCUCCAUCCCAAUAAUUCUCUCUUCUCUCUCCAUCAUCUUCAACUGCUCGACCUCUCUUUCAAUUAUUUCAACUUCUCCCAUAUUUCUUCUCGAUUUGGCCAGUUCUCCAGUCUAACACAUCUUAACCUAAGUGGUUCACAUCUUGCGGGCCAAGUUCCAUUAGAAGUCUCUCACCUCUCUAAAUUGGUUUCACUUGAUCUCUCUAGCAACUACGGUCUAAGUCUAGAGCCAAUUUGUUUUGACAAGCUUGUUCGAAACCUAACCAAGCUUAGAGAACUCUAUCUGAGUUCGGUAAACAUGUCACUAGUUGUUCCUGAUUCCUUGAUGAAUCUGUCUUCUUCUCUGUCAUCACUCAAACUCAAGUACUGUAGAUUGCAAGGAAAAUUCCCAUCCUCAAUGGGAAGAUUUAAGCAACUCCGGUACUUGGAUCUUGGAUGGAACGGUCUUACUGGUACAAUUCCAUAUGAUUUUGAUCAACUCACUGAGUUGGUUUCACUUGAUCUCUCUUGGAACGACUAUGUGAGUCUAGAUCCAAUUUCUUUUGACAAGCUUGUUCGAAACCUAACCAAGCUUAGAGAACUCGAUUUGAGUUUGGUAAACAUGUCACUAGUUGUUCCCGAUUCCUUGAUGAAUCUGUCUUCUUCUCUGUCAUCGCUCAAACUCUAUUACUGUAGAUUGAAAGGAAAACUCCCAUCCUCAAUGGGGAAAUUUAAGCACCUGCAGUACUUGGAUCUUGGAGGGAACGAUCUUACUGGUUCAAUUCCAUAUGAUUUUGAUCAACUCACCGAGUUGGUUUCCCUUGGUCUCUCUUUCAACAACUAUCUGAGUCUAGAACCAAUUUCUUUCCGCAAGAUUGUUCGAAACCUAACCAAGCUAAGAGAACUGGGUUUGGGCUAUGUAAAUAUGUCUUUUGUUGCACCUAAUUCCUUGAUGAAUCUGUCCUCUUCCUUUUCAUCUCUUUUCCUUUGGGGUUGUGGAUUGCAGGGGAAAUUCCCGGGUAACAUCUUUCUCCUCCCAAACCUUAAAUCAUUAGAUUUGUCAUACAACGAAGGCCUCACUGGCUCUUUUCCUUCGUUCAAUUUGAGUAAUGUCCUCUCUCAAUUAGAUCUUUCUGAUACAAGAAUUUCAGUUUAUUUAGAAAACGACUUAAUCAGUAAUCUAAAGUCAUUAGAAUAUAUGUCUCUUCGUAAUUGUAACAUUAUAAGAUCAGAUCUAGCACUACUUGGUAAUUUCACACAGCUCUUGUUUUUAGACCUCUCAAAUAACAAUUUUAACGGUCAGAUCCCAUCAUCAUUUGGUAAUCUUACACAGCUUGUUUAUUUACAGCUCUCAAGUAACAAUUUUAGCGGUCAGAUCUCAUCAUCACUUAAUAAUCUCACACAGCUCGUUUAUUUAGACCUCUCAAAUAACAAUUUUAGGAGUGAGAUCCCGUCAUUACUUGGAAACCUUGUACAUCUCCGUUACUUACAUCUCUCUUCCAAUAAAUUUAUAGUUCAAGUUCCAAAUUUUCUAGGUAGUCUAGUCAAUCUUUCAUAUUUAAGUUUAUCAAAUAAUCAACUAGUAGGCCCUAUCCAUUCUCAAUUAAAUACCCUUUCAAAUCUAGAGAGUCUAAGUUUAUCGGAUAACUUGUUCAAUGGAACAAUACCAUCCUUUUUGUUUGCUCUUCCUUCUUUACAAUCUCUUGAACUUCAUGACAAUAAUUUCAUAGGUAAUAUAAGUGAACUCCAACACGAUUCUUUGAGAUUCCUUGAUUUGAGCAAUAACCACUUGAAUGGUACUAUCCCAAGUUCGGUUUUCAAACAAGAGAACUUGACAGUCCUUAUUCUUGCGUCCAAUAGUGAAUUGACAGGUGAGAUCUCUUCUUCUAUUUGCAAGCUGAGAUUCCUUCGCGUCCUGGACUUGUCCAACAACAGCUUGAGCGGUUCCACACCACUAUGUUUGGGGAACUUCAGCAGCCAGCUCUCAGUAUUGCAUCUAGGCAUGAACAAUCUUCAAGGCACCAUCCCUUCCACUUUUUCAAAGGAUAAUAGCUUGGAAUAUCUCAACCUCAAUGGAAAUGAAUUAGAAGGGAAAAUACCACCGUCUAUCAUCAGUUGCACAAUGUUGGAAGUUCUUGAUCUUGGCAACAACAAGAUUGAGGAUGCAUUUCCGUACUUUCUAGAAACGCUUCCAAAGCUGCAAAUUCUUGUCCUAAAAUCGAAUAAACUCCAAGGUUUUGGGAAGGAUCCGGCUGCACAUAAUUCCUUCUCUAAAUUACGGAUUCUUGACAUCUCUGACAACGAUUUUAGUGGGCCAUUGCCAACAGGGUAUUUCAAUAGUCUUGAAGCAAUGAUGGCCUCCGAUCAAAACAUGGUUUACAUGAAUGCAACAAAUUACUCUAGCUAUGUCUAUUCCAUAGAAAUGACAUGGAAAGGUGUAGAAAUUGAGUUUACGAAGAUACAAAGUACCAUCAGAGUACUCGAUUUGUCAAAAAACAAUUUCACCGGAGAGAUUCCAAAGUUGAUCGGAAAGCUUAAAGCACUCCAACAGCUCAACCUCUCUCAUAAUUCCCUUACAGGUCAAAUCCAAUCAUCAUUAGGAAAUUUGACCAAUCUGGAAUCAUUAGAUCUAUCUUCAAAUUUGCUUACCGGAAGGAUUCCAACGCAGCUGGGGGGUCUAACAUUUCUUGCAAUCCUAAACCUUUCACAUAACCAGCUCGAGGGCCGUAUACCAAGUGGAGAGCAGUUCAACACCUUUACUGCAACCUCAUUUGAAGGAAACUUGGGUUUAUGUGGAUUUCAAAUACUAAAACAAUGUUACGGUGAUGAGGCACCAUCAUUACCGCCAUCAAGCUUUGAUGAAGGAGAUGAUUCAACAUUGUUUAGAGAUGGAUUUGGAUGGAAAGCUGUGACAAUAGGGUAUGGAUGUGGGUUUGUGUUUGGAGUUACAAUAGGAUACGUUGUGUUUAGAACAAAAAAACCUGCAUGGUUUCUUAGGAUGGUUGAAGAUAAAUGGAAUCUCAACGACAAAAAAACAAAGAAGAAUGCUGGCAGAUACGGUGCUAGAAGAAACUAAAUAAUGCAAUUGAUAUUUUCAAUACAAACAAGAUAUCAAGUGGAUUUGACAUUGAAACAACAUCAGUGUAGCAGAUUCCCUUUACUUUUUAUCUCUGUUUUUUUUUAGUUUCAAGGUUAAUUGAGUGUUACUUUUAUGUAAAAGAAUCCAUGUAUGUAAUAGGUCAAGCAUGCAAAGUUAUAAAGUUAUGAACAGAUUGCUUACAAACU